AUGGCGGAUGAGGUGGUGUUGUUGGACUACUGGGCCAGCCCUUAUGGGAUGAGGGUGAGAAUCGCUCUGGCUGAGAAGGGCAUUCAGUACGACUCCAGGGAAGAGGACUACCUGACCAACAAGAGCUCACUCUUGCUGCAGAUGAACCCGUCGAACCCGGUUCACAAGAAGAUCCCGGUUCUCAUUCACAAUGGCAAACAGGUCUCUGAGUCCCUGGUUGCCCUUGAGUACAUUGAUGAGAUUUGGAAUGACAAGGCUCCACUUUUGCCCUCUGAUCCUUACCUCAGAGCCCUCUGA